AAAAAACAUUGAAACCAGUACACAGUUUGGGCUAAUGUCGAACGCAUUGCUGACGCACCAAAGGGUGAUCAGCUGACGUCAACACAAGAAUGGCACCUCAUUUGGGGAACAACGGGCAGCUGUCACGUGAUGAACGCGUGCAGCUCUAUGGCAUUGACUGCGAGGACCAGGUCAUGUGGCAUGAAUGGACGCCUGGUGUGGAGAGUGUCCAAGACCUCGUUCUGCAAAACGUGGCCCUGGUGACGCAAAAGGUAAAGUUCAAGUUGCCGCCUACGAAAGAGUUUGACAUGCCAUACCCAGAGCCUUUCAAGCUCGCGCCCGGAAUGAAGAAGGUCAUCCCAAUUAGCUUUCGGCCUUCAAAGUAUGUUCCGCACGUGGACAGAGUACAGAUAGUCACAAAGGGAGGAAGCUUUUUCGUCAUUGUCAAGGCAGUGGUGAAGGAUGUGGCUUUGUCUGUGCCGCAUUUCUUGGAUUUUGGCCUUUGUCCAACAAUGGAGCGUUCACAGCAGCAGAUAGAUAUUUACAACACUGGCACUCUCAAGGCAUCCAUGAAGUGGCAUGCCAGGCCGCCAUUCACGGUUAGAUGUCCAGCUCAAACUGUGGAAGUGGGGCAGUCAGUGCGAUGUAUUGUCGAAUUCGAGCCAAAGACCGCUUCUGUUUUUGAUGGCCUGAUUGCAUGUGAGGUGGGCAGCGCAGCUGUUGUGCUGGAUGAAGAGGAUGAAGAGAGCAGCGCAAGAGUACCUGAGGCGAAGAACUAUGCUUUGCAGUGUACCGGUGUUGGCAAGAUGCCACAUCUUUGUGUUCCCGGGGGUCAAGCUCCACUAGUUGAGUUUGGUGCUGUAUCACCUGGCAAGCGUGUGCCGCAGACUCUGGAGCUGCUCAACACCACGCCAGUUCGGGCGGUGUUCCAUGUGCGUGCCCUUCACGACAGUCUGGAGACUGCGCCACUUCCUCCAUCAGCAUUUUGGGUCAGCCCUGAAUCUGGAGUGGUGGAACCGAAUUGCACCUUCACGAUGACCUUCUAUUUUCAGUCCCACACGGUCAAGGAACAUGCGUGCCAGCGCUUCCAGAUCAGCACGCCUGGUGGCACACCUUUGGUCGUCACAUGCAAAGCAUUUUGCCAGCCAAUUGGUGUCGUCAUGUCAACGAGGUCAAUGAACUUUGGUGAAGUUCCUAGUGGGAGGGUCUUAUCGAGGACGCUGCAGCUGGAAAACAAUAGUGAUCGACCAGCACCAUAUCAUUUUGUCAAUGUGGACAACCAGCGAGGUGUGUUUUGGCUGGAUCGACCAAUGGGCAUCAUUCCGCCGGAUUCUUUCAUGGUGGUGACGGUCUUCUUUGGACCGAUGUCUCCGAUCAACUACCACAAGAAGGUCUCCUGUGUGGUGAAGGGUGCUUCCACGCCAUUGACACUUGACUUGCUUGGGUCAGCCCACAACGACAAGGUUCGACCGGCCAGGCUUGAGCAGCACCAUGUGGACCUUUUUCGGAACAUGCAGCUGUCCGGGGUUCGCGAGCAUCAGCUGGUGGAAACAGCUCCUGAGGCAAAUUCUCUGGAUGAUGAGCUUCCACAAGAAGAGUUGGAUCCUGCUGCACCGGAGGUUGAAGUGAAGCCACUGUCAGCUACAGCAGCUUUCCUGGACUUGAUGUUGCCCACCGACUCGAAGCUGAGGGACAUUACCAUCAGCCCAGCAAAUCUUGACUUCGGGCAAAAUUCCGUGAUGUCCACCUCGGAGAAGCAGACAGUGACUAUCACCAAUCGCACCUCUCAAAAGGUUACUGUGCUUUGGAUGAUUGCUGGGGAGACGCGCCUUCCAUGCGUCCCAGAUGAAAAGUCCUUGUUCUCGGUCUAUCCACCGACAUGUGACAUCAGGCCAAAAGGGCAAAUGGAUUUUCAGGUAACUUUUCGACCACAGAGUUCGAACACUGUGGAAGGAGAGUUGUUGGAAGUGGUGGUGGCACAGAAGAUCAACCGAACUUUUAGACUCGUUGAUUUGCAAAGGUUUACACCGCCAUGGACCAUUGCACUUAGAGGGAUGGGGCACACGAUGGCUGCCAGAACGGACACCCAGGUGGAUAUUUCAGAGACAAAUGUCAGAUUCAAAUCUUGUCCUCCUGGUGAGCGGACGUAUCAGGUGGUGAUGAUGACAAAUCCUGGAGACAUGCCGUUGAGCUAUCAGAUACUCCCUGCAGUGGACAUCAGUAAAGGUGAUGGAGAUUCUGGCAACUUUGAGGAUCUUGCUGGAGAGGCACCUUUCCGCGCUUGGCCAACGCAGGGAAUCAUUCAUCCUCACCAGUUUCAUUUGAUUGUUUUGGAGUUUGCACCAACUGUGGCGAAGAACGAUGUACCGUAUGUUGCAAACUUCCAAGUCGUGGCAGAUUACUUUGAAAGUGGACCCAAGACCAUUCGAGUAUCUGGAAGAGCUUGGAAGCCGCAACUGUCAUUUUGCAGCGGCCAGAUGAGCGUGACCUUUCCGCCCACGUGCUCUGGCAUUGCUUCCACAAUGGUCUGCUCAGUGAAGAACGUGUCCGAGAUUCCUAUCUCGUAUGAAUGUCGAAUUCCGAGCCGUUUCCGCUCCACCUUUUGGUUCACGGAACCUGCUGGCCAGCUGGCACCGUCCGAAUCCACGAGCAUAGUGGCAAAUUUUUGCCCUUCCAGUGAGCGAGUAUUCUCUUCUCCAAUGUACUGUGCUACGCAGUGUUUAAAGGAUCCUGAUAACAUCGUGGCAGGUCCAUUGCGAGCUCUUGUAGAUGCCUCUACCUCACAUGAUGAUCAGCCGUCCUAUGUGCUGCAGCUGGUUGGACAUGGGAAAGGUCCCGCAUUGUCCUUGGAACCCGAUGGCCUUGACUUGGGUGCCGUGAAGGCAUGCGAGACUCUUCAGCGGCAGGUGGUUAUCCUCAACUCAUCUCAGCUCACAGUCCGGUAUGAGGUUUCCACUCAGUUUGUUGGCAAGGAUCCAGCUGCCGCAAAUUCAGCAGACGAAGCGUUGGUAGUCGGGCACACCGUGGGCUCAGUCGCAGGUAGAUGCACUACUACUCUUGACAUCACCUUCCAUCCGCCCUGUCGUGGAGAAUACGUGUAUGAGGUGGCCGUUACUCCGAAAGGCGAAGGAUCAGACGAGCCCAGUGGAAAGAGUGUCACUUUCACACUGUCCGCGUUGGCGCAAUAUCCUUACGUGCAGAUCGCGGACCUUCGAACUGAGUCAGCCACUCUGCAGCCUCAGUCGAUGAUGUGGACUCAAUUCCAGGUAGAUGGCAUCAACGACCUGUACCAGGGCGAAGUUGUAGACGUUGAGCGCAAGUUCCAGAAUGCCAUCGGAAUUGAUGAGAAGAAGCGCCUUGUCAGGCAGCUCAAGCCCUUUCAGCUUCUUUUUGGAACUUCUGCCGUUGAGUCCAGUGCGACUGUGGUGUACCUGGCUUUGUCAAACCCUGGAUAUUUGCCGAUCAGGUUCUCAUUCCAAACGCCCGAGAAUCUGAAUUUGGAGAAUGUGCCAUACUGGUGUGAUGAGAAGGCAUUGGUUGAUGAGCGUGAAGCACAUUUUACUUGGGUGGAGGAGCAUGGUGUUUAUGACAUCCAACCCAGAACGGGCGCAAUUGCCCCUGGAGACUUCUUGCAUGUCAAGUUGACCUAUCACCACCACAGUAUUGGCACGCAUAUCCUACCUGUGGUCUUCAAUGUGCACGAUGGCCGCUCUGUGCUGUUCUACCUCAAGGGACACAGCGUGGCACCUGUGGUGGGAUGCCUCUCUGUCCGGUCAUCCGUUUUGACCCUUCAGCCGGUACCCUUAGGAGAGCAGGGUGUGGUCCAAGCAGUAGAGCUCACCAACAGUGGUGGAGUGGCUGCACCGUGGCGAGUUGACCUCUCAACACUAUCCUCGUACAACGCGCAGAAUCACAAUUUCGAGGUCCUGUCGGUAAAGCCUUUGGAAGGAACGCUCGACCCACAAAGUUCGACCUUUCUGCACUUCACCUUUAGGCCGCUGGAGGCAAAAAGAUACACUUGUCCAGUGCGCUUGGAAAUGCUGAAGGAUGGACGACCUUCUGAAGAGCUCUGCUUUGAUAUCCAGGCUGAUGGCUACAUGCCAGGCGACUCUCCUCCGGAGGUGGAAGCUCAGUUUCCAGCAAACCUUCCGAUUCAGACUUAUGCGCCAGUACCGGGAUAUGGAGCGGCUUUAUCGAUCGAGAUCCUUGACUUCAAAGCAGUGCCACUUCGAGCUCGUCACUCUGAGAUGCUUGUGCUGGUGAACUACACCUCCGACUUUGUCCUCAGCUUUAGGUGGGAUGCACGGAAGCUCUUCCGCUUCGACCACGAGUUGGAGAUCGAGCCCAGCGUCGGAGAGCUGUCCCCGGGGUCGCACUGCAUUGUGGUGUUCCGCUUGUGCUGUGACGAGCCAGUGGACAUCAGUGGGGAGAUCGCCUGCCAUUUGGACUGGACCCACAUCAGUGCCUACGGCCAGCAAUCGAUCGUCGAGUCGCAAGAGGAUCCGGCAGCGGAAGUGGAGUACUUUGGUUUCCAUGCAGACCAUAUCCACGAGCCUGCGCGAAGCAAGGGCCAGAAUGCUCCGGUCCACAUUUCGGUGGCCAACCGGUUGACGGUGUCAAGGUUCCGCAAUCUCAUGUCCACAGCAGCUGGCCAGAAGUUUUUGAAUGAGAACCUGCACCGAACCUCGGUCCUUUCGUCUCACAUUCCAAUCAUGUCACCUCGACGCGCCAUGCAAACCUCGACAAUGGGCCUGGCUUUGCAGAGCAAGGAGGAGCUUCCUGGAAUGCAAAGCUCGAGCAGCAUGGAGGACUCUUCUCGAGGGCCGCAAACACCAAGCGCUCCAACCUCCUACCCGCUCUAUGUGCGGCUGAGGGCAGUGGUUGCAGACUGGAGGGUGCCGCCUGAAGAGGCGAAGGACUUUGUUGUUGAGAGCUCCGCUCGGAACCUUUUGGCACAGCGGGAAAGCAAGAAGGAAGAGGUCAAGGAAGAAGCCAAGGACACCACGAAUCCUGGACUCAAUUUGCGAUUGGAGGAGCCAGGAUCCAAACAGCUGGUCCAGCGAACUGGGUCCACAUUGUCUCCGGCACCGGAGGAAGAGGACGUGGUGGAGCCACCAGGUCAACCAGAGGAUGAGACAGGCAAUUCCAAGCUUGUUGGUAACGUCUUGGAGCAUCUGAUGCGGGAGGUGAUUGCAGAAGAAGAGUUCGGUAGCAUCCUUGACCGGAUGCUCUCCCAGGACGUUCCGUUCUUCCUCCAGUACGAAGGAAGCGAUCCUCCAGCAUUGCCCCCUCCGGAUCAUCCUGCAGCUCCGGAGCCAGCUCUGCGGCCCCGAAUCCUGGAGGACACCUCUCCUUCAGAGGAGUCAGUUCCAGUGCCGGAAGACACUGAUACGGAGGAAGAUGAUGUCUUUGUCAGCAGCAGCAGCGCUCUGCCAUGGUCAGAUUUGCUGCUGGACUUCAAGGCCCCCCCCGGAACUCAGUCAGCGCCACGACAGCGUACAUGUGGAGGAGCAAAGGCAGAAGUUGCUUCUCCAAGUUCCACGGGCGAAAAUCAGUGUGGCGUUGAUGCUCUUUCCAUUGAAGCUUCCAGUGCACCCUGCACACCCGAAGCGCACAUCAGGUCUUGGGAGGAAGCGCUAGCAAUGUAUGGGGAGGUUGACCUGGAUGCUUUCCAAGAUUCAGCGGGAGAAGUGCUAGAUCGGCUUCUGCUGGAUACCAUGGAUGAUGUCAUCGCUGGUCGAUUGAAUUGGAUGCGACCACUGCCAAGAGUCCGUGAUCGGCGGCUCUAGGGUAGGGCAAGCGCGUGACUCAUUGAAAUGCUGU